AUGGCGAGGCUGAAUGGAACGAAGCUUGGGGGUUUCCGGGCCUAUUUCUUCGGCUUCUUCAUCUGUACUGCGGGCUUCCUGUUUGGUUAUGAUACCGGCAUUGUCGGUGGUAUCCUCGAGUUCAAGUCGUACAUGAAUGACUUUGGAUAUACCGAUAAGACCACGGUCGAUGCGGUCAUGGUCAGUUUGCAGAAUGUCGGUGCUUUCUUGUCUGCGCUGUGCAUCUUUCCAAUCUCCGAACGCCUUGGGCGCAAGACGACCGUUCAGAUUGCCAUGACUGUCUUUUGCAUCGGUGUCAUCUUGCAGGUCGUCCCAUCGCACUCCCUUGUAUGUUUCUAUAUCGGACGAUUUGUAUCCGGUCUUGGCCUGGGAGGAGGCACGGCAGUGGUCCCGACGUACAAUGCUGAGAUGGCGCCCAAGGAAAUCCGUGGUAUGCUCGGUUCGGGCGUGCAGCUGCUCUUUGCCCUGGGCGUCAUGAUUAGUUACUGGAUUGACUAUGCUGUUGAGCGUACCAUUCCCUCAACGUCGUCUUCUCAGUGGCAGAUUCCUGUAGGACUGCAAUUGGUACCCGCUUCGCUGCUUGCGAUGGGUUUAUUCACGCAGCCUGAAAGUGUUCGUUGGUUGGCGAAGAAGGGUCGCUUCGACGAGGCCUGGGAGAGCUUGACGUGGAUGCGGGCGAGUGAUGGUCAGAAUCUCAUCCCCAGCUCUGUGUGUUUAUUCCUAACACUUCUUCUCUUUUUAGGCCCCGAAGUCAAAGCUGAAUUCAACGAGAUGCGCGUCGGUCUGGCCGAAGAGAUUCGCGCAACUGAAGGCCUGAAGAAGCGUGAGCUCCUCGAGCCAGCAAACCGAUACCGUCUGUCCCUCGGGUUUUUUAUGUUCUGCGGCCAACAGUGCACCGGCAUGACGGCACUCGCCUACUUCGGUCCCCAGUUCUUCAAGCUGAUCGUCGGCAAUGACAGCAGUCGGUCUCUGCUCAUCACCGGCCUUUUUGGUGCGGAGAAAUUCAUUACCGUUUUCAUCUACAUCAUCUUCUUCUCGGAGUCGUGGGGACGCAAGCCCACGCUGUGGAUCACGGCUUUGAUCAUGUCCAUGCUCUUCGUCAUUGUCGCCGUCGUCAACAACACGACUCCCAAGCCAGACAAGUCGCCUACCCCGGCUGGUAUUGCAACAGUCGCUUUGAUCUUCUUGACAAACUCCGUCUACCAGUUUGGCUGGGGUCCGCUCCCGUGGCCGUAUACUACGGAGAUCUUCCCUUCGCGUAUUCGCGAAAUAGGAUCCUCGGUUUCCGUCUGCUCGCAGUGGCUUUUCAACUUUCUCUUCUCGCUGGUGACUCCCUACAUGCAAAAGUCCUGGGGCAGCUAUAUUUUCCUGUUCUACGCCAUUCUUGACUUGAUCAUGGCUGCUUUGGUAUGGUUCUUCGUGAAGGAGACCAGGGGUAGGAGUCUCGAGGAAAUGGAGACUAUUUUCAACAGCAAGGCUGCAUUCGAUGUGGAGGUUGUGAGGCACAACGGCAUUGAGUCCGAUACCAUUAGCGCCCUGGAGGUGCCUCACAAACAAGACUCGCACUCCAAGGGUCCAGACUCGUCCGACUAA